AUGGGAGAACCAACUUACGACCUUUUCUUUACUGGCCAAGAUGACCCUCGCAACUGCGUUGUCAUCGGUGAAGAUACAAAGCCCGUGUUCUUUUCGUUCGAAACUUUCCAAAGAGACCUCAGUACGCGAACGAUGGUAAGUAAAGCAAGCAAAGACCUAAUUGCCUCUCUAGAAUGGAGUCCAGGAAAUCGUUUAGGGAUGGUCAACAUUGGAACAAGACAACUGCUCAUGUCGCAGCUUGUGUUACCUGGUUCCUCCAGCCAGUCAGUCGCCUACAGUAGUAGCGACGGAAGAACAUACGAGUGGAGGCGGUGUUAUCCAGACACUUCAGGUUACGAUUUAUUUCUUCUGCCCAAUAAUAUGCGAAUAGCUGCUUUUCGAAAGAUGAACGCCCAGACAGUAGUUGGCCCAUCUCAUGCCUUGCUGCAAUAUCAAUUCGUUCACGACCCCCUUCUUCUCGAAGCACUUCUCUCCCUCUGUAUUUUCAGAUGGACUGAUUUUCACGGGUUGUAA